AGAGUCGUCAGUAUACCAGUUGAUAGCAUCUGUGAAACGUCAGAGUUGUUUUCCCAAACAAGCUGAGAAAAAGCGUGAAAAAUUGGUGGAAAACUGGGUAAAAUAAUGAGUGAGGACUUCAAUGCGGCCCAGUUUAGCGUGGUGCCCAAGGAGGAGCCCCCAUCGCCGCAAUCGGCUUUUGGGGGCCAUGAAUCCAGCUCGGCCGCAUCCUCGGAGCCCACUCCUGGUGCCACACCAGGAGCACCAUCAGCUGGUGGUGCUCCAUCCACAGAAACAACACGUCAGUCCAGCUUGCAAAAGAUCAUGCAGCGUAAGCGGAAUGUGUGGCAGCUGCCGCAUUCCCAGAAACUGGCCAAACUCUCAAUGUACUCAGCAUGCCAGGCUGAAGGAUGUCGCUGCACAGGUUGGAAGCUACCUGAGGAGCACAAGUAUCGAGAUGUUGAAGGGACAUUCUGUCCCAAAUUCACCGAGGAAUGCAGGAAUAGCCAUUGCAAGCACUCUGUAGAUUCCCAUCUUAGUCACUUGGCUGACAUCGAGGAGGAGCAGCUCAACGGAUUGCUGGGAACUAUUGUGGACGUUGAGAAUCUUUUUAUGAGCAUGUCGCGUGAGGAGGACUCGGACACCAAAAAGGUCUACUAUUUCCUUUUUAGACUCUUGCGUCAAUGCAUCCUCACGCGCCAGCAACCCGUGAUUCGUGGACCCCUGGGGGAUCCGCCUUUCGAGUCCCCGUCCAUGUUCAAAGCCAUCACGAACUUUGUCUUCUUCAAGUUUCAUCAUCUCAGUCAGGCUGAAUUCCACACAAUGAGCGAAGUGGCCAGAACUUUUCUCAAUUGUCUCAAUCAGUGGAACUUCGAGGCUCCUAGUGUGCGUGGGCGUGAUCUCAGCCAUGAGGAUGCGUCCACGUACAAGAUCAACUAUAUGCGUUGGCUUAUGUUCUGCCAUGUUCCGGCAUUUUGCAAUUCCCUUCCGCACUAUGAGACAUCCGUGGCUUUUGGGAGGACACUCCUCCGGGCAGUAUUUCAGUUUGUCAGCCAUCAGUUGCUGUACAAGUGCCGAACGGAGAAGGACAGGAUGCCGAUGGAGAAGCGUCUGCUGUUGAUGCAUAUGCCCAAAUUUCUGGAUGCCCUCAAGCAUGAGGUGAUCAACGAGGAAUCACCCAUAUGGGAUCCCACCUAUAAACCGGCAGUAUCACUUCUACUUCAGCGUACGGCUAAUGCCAAGAGGCAGCAUGAGGCAGCAGCUUCGCCAUCGAGUGCAGCACGUAGAGCCACUGCAGAGGGAUCUCAGACGAAAAAGUACAAGUACUCCAAUGAUGUGGAGGAUUUGUCCAAUGAAGCAGUGAUUCAGGCCAUGAGGAAUAUCAGCGACAGCAAGAAUAAUCGUAACAAUGAAGUUGUCUUUCCGGUCAAUGCUCCCAGGGAUGAAGCUGCCAAGACGAAAGAGAGUCGCAGAGAGAUUGAGCUGCAUAUUGUGGGCAAUUCUCUAAGUCAUCCGGUCAGUAAGCAAUCGAUGAUUUGGCUCCUUGGGCUACACAGUGUCUUUGCCCAUCAAUUACCAGGAAUGCCUAGGGAUUACAUCAGUCGAUUGGUCUUUGAUCCUAAGCACAAGACAUUGGCCCUGAUUGAGGAAGGUCGUCCAAUUGGAGGCAUAUGCUUCAGAACUUUUGCCACUCAGGGCUUCACGGAGAUUGUAUUCUGUGCAGUGACAGGGGAUAAGCAAGUGAAGGGCUAUGGAACACAUCUGAUGAAUCAUCUCAAAGAUUACAGCAUUCAACAAGGCAUUAAGCACUUCCUCACCUACGCUGAUGAAUUUGCUAUUGGAUAUUUCAAGAAGCAGGGCUUCUCCAAGGAUAUUAAAGUGGCCAGGCCCAUAUACCAAGGGUAUAUCAAAGAAUAUGAUGGUGCCACACUGAUGCACUGCGAACUUCAUCCAAGCAUCGUCUAUACGCAGUUCAGCAGUGUUAUCCGGCGUCAGAAGGACAUCGUGACGGAGUUGAUUGCGCAGCGGCAACAUGAAGUGCAGAAAAUCCGUCCGGGAUUGACGUGCUUCAAGGAGGGCGUCCGGAGUAUUCCUGUGGAGUCGAUUCCGGGGUUGCGUGAAGUGGGUUGGCGUCCAGUAGCACGAGCUCAGCGCCAGGCUCGGCCCCUCGAGGAAUCUGUCGAUCCGGAGAAAUUGGCACAAACACUGGCAACUGUCCUGGUUGCCGUUCGCCAGCACACGGCUGCGUGGCCCUUCCAGGAGCCGGUUAACCAGGCUGAGGUAACUGACUACUAUGAACACAUCAAAUAUCCCAUGGAUCUCAAGACGAUGGGGGAGCGUCUCAAAAAAGGCUACUACGUCACCAGGAGGCUCUUUAUGGCUGACAUGGCGAGGAUUUUCUCCAAUUGUCGCUUCUACAAUUCACCGGACACUAACUACUACAGAUGCGCCAACGCUCUGGAACGCUAUUUCCAGACAAAAAUGAAAGAAAUCGGCUUAUGGGACAAAUAAAGAACAAAGCAUUUUGACUUGUCAA